AUGUGUAUUGGAGCAUGGCCCAAAGACGCAGGAAUUGAUAUGGUUGAAGAAGAAUUGAAUGAUGUGAUUGAGUGCCGAGAAGGGGUGAAGGAUGUGAGGCAGGUAAUAUAUAAAUAUUUUGACGGAUGCUAUGAUCCGGGUAGAAGAUAUAUUAUAUGCAUCCAAGGAGCAACAUCUUCUGGAAAAAGUACGUUUGCAAAGAGUAUACACCGGAUGCUGAGCGACAAUGGAAUAAGCUCGUAUAUACUCCCACUUGAUGCAUUCUAUUUUGACUCAUUUAAUUCUGAUCCAGCUGCCAGUGUGAGCUUUAAUGAGGAAUAUGACUUUGACAAUCCUGCGUCGCUCAAUUGGAAAAACGUAUUUGAUGUGCUGAAAGCGAUCCGCGAUGAGGAGCCAUAUAUUGGAUACAGCUUGUAUUGCAAGGAAAAUGGCAUUGCUGAAGUGAGAUAUGAUAAAAACCCAAAGCCAAGAGUGCUGAUUAUUGAGGGCAUUUUUGCAUUCAACACGAUCAACGAAAAGAUAUUCAAUAUUGCUGAGUUUGAUCCAUGCAACAGCAACAAGGAUAUUGAAGAGGAGUUUAUUGAUAGGAAGAUGGGCAUGGGCGAUUUUAGGGUUCUGAAGGUGUUUAUGGGGCAUUGUGCAUCCAAGAUUCUGUCGGUGAGGCUGAAGAGGGAUUUGGCAAUAGGAAGGAACAAGGACAAAGUUUUAAACAAAUUUUUUGCAAUGACUCUUCCGAGCACUUUGAGGUGGAUUUACUCGCCAAUAUACAGCGGGUUUAUCAAGAUAGUGCAUGGCAACUUUAAUGCAAAGAAAGCCAACAUGGUGCUUGAUGAGCUGGGGCAAUACUUUCUGAACAAGAAGGUUGCGAUUCCUGAUGCGAAGGAAGUGAAUUUUGUUGGAGAAGGAGAGGUUGAAUGCACGGGGGAGUGCAUUACUUGCGGAGGAGCACCAGAGAUAUGUCUUUAUGACAGCGAAGCUUGA